GCCUCAGGUUGUGGUUAAUGAUUGAGUCCUGUUGCAGCUGAGAUGGAUAUGGAAAGAGAAGGGACGAGGAAAAGGCUGAGGGAGAGUUGGACAGAAUUAUAAAAAGACAGAUGCUGGAAUGUAAGCUGGAAAAGCGUACAGAGGUAGAAAGACAAAAACAGUAUUGGUAGUGAUGCCAGAGGGGCUGCAGGCUGCAUGGUGUGUUCCUCCUUUAGAGCCAAACAGAAGCAAGAAGCUCUGGUGGAGAUUCUGAGUAGUUCAGGUACAUAAUUUGGCUCCUUUUAUCCAUGCGGCCCAUUUAGGCUGAACAUCUCUUCCUCUGACCGCACACCUGACGGCAGUGAUGGAGAAGCAGCUACAGGAUCUAAAGCAGCAACUGGAAAAGCAAUGUGUCAUCAACCAGGAGCUGCAGAGGCAAAAUAAAGACCUGGAACAACGGCUGAGAGAGAAAGAGAAACUCCUGCAGGAACUACAUACUCAGUACCACGAUCUUGAGUUUUCCUGCCCGAACAGCAAUGAGACCGAACCAGAGUUUAGGAAGAGCCGUGCUGCUGUGAUUGCUCCAGAACCGAUUCCCGAGGGUUUGGAGAUUUCACACACCAGGGUCAAAAAGUCGGUCAGUGAGACGAGUCUGAUCGUCAAAGCUAUCCAGAAGAAUGACUUCUUGAGCCGCCUCGAUGAUGAGCAGAUAGCCAUGAUGGUGGACCUUUUGAGGGCAUCUAAGUUCAAACCUGGAGAGGAAGUCAUCAGGGAGGGGUCUGAAGGAGACAGCAUGUACAUAGUGGCAGACGGUGACCUCAUUGUCACCCAGGCAGGAAGAGACCUGCGAACUCUUGGCAAGGGGGAUGUUUUUGGAGAGUUAGCCAUCCUGUACAACUGCAAACGAACAGCAACAGUCAAAGCAAAGACAUCUGUGCAUGUGUGGUGCAUGGAGCGACAGACCUACAGAACCAUCAUAACCAACAAGUCCAAGAAGAAACGGGAGCAGCUCAUGGGAUUCCUGAAGACGUCUCGUACUCUGAAGGACCUGAACGAUAUACAGUUGUCCAAAAUCAUCGACUCCAUGGAGGAGGUAAAGUUUCAAGACAAAGAUGCUAUCGUUCGUGAAGGAACAGAAGGAAACACAUUCUACAUCAUCCUCAAAGGAGAGGUUCUGGUGACCAAAAAUGUGAACGGACACCAAAAGAUGAUUCGCAGGAUGGGAAAAGGGGAACACUUCGGGGAGCAAGCCCUGAUACGUGAGAUUUUGCGAACUGCCACCUGCACGGCAGACGGCCCUGUCACGUGUUUCUCCAUCGAUAAGGAAGUUUUUGAAGAGACGAUUCCUGUGGAGCACCUGGAGCUUUUUGAUGACUCCAAAGAGAUGCAGGAGGCACAAGCUCCAGAGAAGUCCAGUCCCAGCUCCUACCUGAGGUUUAAGGAUCUGGUUCCUGUGUUGUACCAGGAAGGUCGCUAUCAGGGGGAUCCGGUCACCCUCGGAAUCGGAGGAUUUGGUCGCGUGCAGCUGAUGACCACAAUAAAUCAUGGGAAAUAUUACGCCAUCAAGCGAGUCAGCAAGAAGCAAAUUGUUGCAAAGAGGCAAGAAGAACACAUGCUGUUUGAGAAGAAGAUCCUUAAAGUCACCCAGUGUGACUUCAUUGUUAAGCUUUAUGCAGCUUUUAAAGACACACGAUACAUCUACAUGGUGAUGGAGUUCUGUGGAGGCGGGGAGAUCUGGACCAAACUCAAAGAAAUAGGGCGUUUUGAUGAGCCCACUGCCAUGUUCUGCACCGCCUGCGUGGUGGAGGCCUAUGCUUACCUCCACAAGAAGAGCAUCUUGUACCGAGACCUGAAGCCUGAGAACCUGAUGCUGGACAUGAGAGGAUACAUCAAACUGGUUGACUUUGGUUUUGCAAAGGAGCUGGUGCGAGGGCAGAAAACCUACUCGUUUGUGGGAACUCCUGAGUACAUGGCUCCAGAGAUCAUCAAGAAUCAAGGACACGACUUUGCAGUUGAUUUCUGGUCCCUGGGAAUCCUCAUCUUUGAACUUUUGGUGGGAAGCCCUCCGUUCUCAAGCUCGGAACCACAGAAGAUUUAUGCUAAAAUUCUGGAUGGAGUGUUAAAGUAUCCACCCUAUUUGAGUGAGGCAGCCAAGUCCAUCAUCAGCAAGCUGUGCAGACCCCGGCCGGGUCAGAGGUUAGGAAACACCAAGAAUGGCAUCAAAGAUGUCCGGCAUCACAGGUGGUUCAGCAGUUUGAACUGGCACAAGCUGCGCAUGGGUCAGCUGGAUGCUCCGACAGUACGGCUCGUCCGCAAGGGUCCUUGCUACAUCAACUUUGAUCAGUUUCCUCAGGACCACUCAAAGGCGGAGGAGGAAUUCUCUGGCUGGGACCGCGACUUCUGAUUCAAACAAUGACCUUUGGCUUACUAAGCCUCACCUGGAUUGAAAACAAGCUAUUGAGACUUUUUAUCAAACGUUUUCUCACCAAUUACAGUGAAACAGCGGGGAAUCGCUUCAAGAAUAUGUAAUGAAGUUCUUCACAGCAGGCACUAAGACAUCACAAUAUUAAAUUCAGUGUAAGGACGUCCGGCUCAUGAUAAAUAAGUGUUAAAUUUAUGUAACACUCUGCAGAGAUUAUAACACUCAGCAUGUGUUCAGCUGACAACUAAUGCUUGUGUCCUAAUAGAUUUUAUACUUUUAACCAAACAUGAUCAUGAAACUAAUGAUGAUGUUGUGUAUUAUGUGUUUAAAUCUAGUUUUGGAUAUAAAAAAAUCAUAAUAGAUGAUGACAAACUU